AUGUAUAAACCCGAAUCGUGGCUGCCAACUGAGGAAAAGAUGCAGAGAAAUGGAGGUGGAAGAGGACUUGAUUGCCAGGAGGGUAAGAGACAUUCGGCCGGACCGACUAAUGUAGCACACGGAAACGCCUUUGUCUCCCAGUCUUCUGGCACUCUACGUCCGCGAAAGUCUGUCUCCCGACAGGCUAGUACAGCAGCCGGCCAGCCGGCUUUGACAAAGUUUUGCCAGUCUGGCCAUCAGUCUCUGGAGGUCAAGGAGGGAUCAGCAGUGAUCGUGGAAAUAAUGCACGAGCCAUCGAAAACUGAAACAGCUAUUACUGCCACUUUUGUAUCAACACAAACCGAUGCCAAAGACGAAAAGACGCAUGGCGUCAGUGGAAUAGAAAGUAAUUGUUUGUCACCACAGGAAUUAGACAGAACAGAACUUGUCACCAAGGGUGAGCAUAAAUUAGCAUGUAUAACCACACUAUCUGUCUUAUCGUAUUUCAUAUGUUAG